GCAAAUAUUGUUCAAACGGCGCCACCAACUGCACAAGCUUAUGCGGCUCUUGAGUUGCCAAACUCUAUACAGUGUAGUGGCAGAGCUCUGUGACGAAUCACUUUUCCGGUGUCGAGGCGAUAUCGGAGAACAAUCGGAUAAUUCUAGCAGAUAUUCUCCGGUAAUCAGCGAUGGUAUUGCAGAGAUAUCUCUUGAAGCGAAGCUAUGAAGCGGAAGAGAAGCUUCGACCUUUGUUAUUACGUAGCUUUUCUUCAGCAUCUGCUCCUACGCUUCCUCCCUUCGUUCAUGAACCGAAGCCUUACAAAGGACCUCUGGCAGACGAAGUUCUCCAGAAACGAAAAAAGUAUCUUGGUCCUUCUCUGUUCUAUUACUAUCAGAAGCCCCUGAAUAUUGUCGAGGGCAAAAUGCAGUAUUUAUUUGAUGAGAAUGGCAAGCGUUAUCUUGAUGCAUUUGCUGGAAUAGUCACGGUGUCUUGUGGACAUUGCCACCCAGAAAUUGUGAAUGCUGUAGUGGAGCAAAGCAAGCUUCUCCAGCAUGCUACAACCAUUUACUUGCACCAUGCAAUAGCUGAUUUUGCAGAGGCAUUAGCAUCGAAAAUGCCUGGAAACCUAAAGGUUGUAUAUUUUGUCAAUUCCGGAACUGAGGCAAAUGAAUUAGCAAUGUUGAUGGCUCGGCUAUAUAGUGGUAAUCUUGGUAUGAUUGCUCUGAGAAAUGCAUAUCAUGGUGGAAGUGCUGGGACAAUUGGUCUGACGGCCUUAAACACUUGGAAGUACUCAAUUCCGCAGGGUGAAAUUCAUCAUGUUAUGAAUCCGGAUCCAUAUCAUGGGGUCUUUGGCUCUGAUGCCAGUUCUUAUGCCAAAGAUGUACAAGAUCACAUCGACUUUGGUUCUUCAGGAAAAGUUGCUGGUUUUAUUGCAGAAACCAUUCAGGGAGUUGGAGGAGCAGUUGAAUUGGCACCUGGAUACUUGAAACGAGUUUAUGAUAUUGUACAUAAGGCAGGUGGUGUCUGCAUUGCUGAUGAAGUACAAACGGGGUUUGGCCGUACAGGAAGCCACUACUGGGGUUUUGAAACACAAGGGGUUGUUCCUGAUAUAGUUACUAUGGCAAAGGGCAUUGGCAAUGGCUUACCAUUGGGAGCUGUUGUGACAACUCAAGAAAUCGCAAAUGUUUUGGCUGAAAAGAUUCAGUUCAACACUUUUGGUGGGAACCCUGUAUGUUCUUCUGGUGGACUUGCAGUACUUCGGGUUCUUGACAAGGAGAAGCGGCAAGCCCAUUGUGCAGAUGUUGGAUCUCAUUUAAUUGAGCGUUUCAGAGCUCUUCAGCAAAAAUAUGAUAUCAUUGGAGAUGUGAGAGGCAGAGGCUUAAUGAUUGGAGUAGAACUUGUCACUGACAGGAAAGAGAAGACACCUGCAAAGGCAGAAACUGCUGUUUUGUUUGAGAAGCUGAGAGAGCUCGGGGUGCUAGUUGGAAAGGGAGGUCUCCAUGGAAAUGUAUUCAGAAUAAAACCACCCAUGUGCUUCACAAAAGAUGAUGCAGAUUUCCUUGCGGACGCACUGGACUAUGCCAUGUCAAAGUUAUGAUGAUUCCAUAGUCGAUAACAAUAACAACAACUCAACCUAAUCCACCAACUCAAUGGGGAUGAUUCCAUAGUCCUUGGCAUAAAAUUCAAUUAUCACAGAAAAAAAGUUGAUUUGUUGGUACUCUAAUUUCAAGAAAUGAAAAUGGUUGCUUUCCUUUUGUUCCUUGUACAUGAACAUAAACAAGAGGAAUUUUUUACUUUUGAGUGGAUGCAUGGACUUAGGAUGGUUCAGCCGUUGAAUUCAUGGCGGGUUUGUUUUGCUA